UAAAAGUGGUUCCAAUGUUUGCUCGCAGCUAUCUGAGUAGUUAACAGAAGUUAUUAUUGUUUAAGCAAAUCCGUGUGAUUGAGAACAUUGUGGCAUGUCGUAGACAUGAACGACGCUAUGAUGAUUAAAUGUGAACCUAUUAUUGAGGAUGUGGAGCUGUUCAAUACCCUGGUAGCCGAUGGAGAGACCCAGCGUCGCGAGGAGCUUCGUAUGCUUUGCAUGUACAAAUUGAAGGUAGCAGAAGAAACGGUGUCCCUUUUGGAAGCCCAAGGAAUCGAUAUGGAAUGUCUGCGCAAGAUGCGUAUCGAAGAUGUGGACGAGCUCUUCGAUGGCAAGCCGCUGGGGGCUAAAAUAUUGUUUCGUGAGGCAUUUCUGGAAUGGCGCGAUGAGAUAGGCCUACCGUGCAAAAGCAUCAAAUCCGUAUCGUCCCGCAAACGUCCCAGCGAUACGACCGAUUGCGCCCAACCAGUCCCACCGAAACGCCAGGCAGCUUUGCCUCACUGGAACAACUGUCUACCCCCGCAAUCGGUGAUCAUGGAAAAGGAGCCCGUAACGCAAUGCAGCAAACAAAAUGUUUCCUACCAAUCAUUCCGCUGGCCAAUGACACCGAGCACUUUGAAGGAAAUUCUGGACUGCAACUCACUUGGACGAUCCAUUAUGGCCAUGGGAUGUCUCGGUGGCUUGGGGAAGUCGUUACAGUACCAGCUAACGGCCAUUAUCAUCGACUACCAUAUGGAAUUCGAGGCUAAAAUAACGACGCCCCAGCUAGAAAACUAUGCCUAUUGUAUUGCGACUCUGUUUCCCCACGAAAAUCCACUCACGUAUCACAUCCCGCGUGGACCUAACAGACGCAACCCGGGAGGCUCGCUAUACUCUAGAUUCAUAAACCAAAAAAUAAGCAAAAAAGCUCUCGCCAUCGGGAGCUCCGUGGCAGCAUCCUAAACAAAACCGAACUGAUCUCAAUAGGAACUAUAAACUGUUGGUGCUUAAACCAAUAAUUUUAUGACAAAGUGUACAUUUCCAAAGUUCAUAUCAAAUGCUUUAACUGCCAUUUAGGUAUUGUUUAGUGCUUACAGCUAGAUUCUCAAAUACUGUACAGAUCUCCGUUUUUAAGUUUGUUGCAUAUUUUUUAAAAACUACCUUCAAUUCAAGCAUCAUCCUUUUUUGUAGGUAACUUUUUGUACUUAAGCGAUUUAGAUUAUCGAUAGUUUUCCAUUUUAAAUUCCACUCCUUAUGUUGGUUUUGAAACUAAGAGAAAGGAAAUGAUAUACACAAUAAUUGUACUGUCUUCUUCGUACAAUACAGUACACGAUAGACAGUUUUCUGCAGCCGAAAUGUUACUAGAUAGUAAUGUACUGGUCUCUAGUUGAUAGUUGUAGUUGUGGUAGGUGGAAAUUUUAUUGAAACAUAUUCGUAAAUUUACACAUUUAACGAUGAUUGUAACGAUGUUUGUGUACUCAAAUGUUUGGCAUGUAAUUUAUUGUAGACACUGUGUUGUGCAGUGAAAAGCAUGAAUAAAUUGUAAAAUAUACAA